CGGAACCAUAGUGUUCAGCGCCGUGUUUCCGGGGGACCUGGGGAGAAGUCUGACAGGCAGUUCAGUUCGGCUUGUUGUUGUUGUUGUUGGUGGUGGUGGUGAAUCUAUCGACGUGUGAAGACCGUCGCUAACCUGCUGAGAGGCGGACAUGGUGGCCACGGUCGAAAACACCGACGUGAAGCAGAAGGAUGCCGAUCGUGCGCUGAUCGUUGCAGUAACGUCUCGUUCAGUGUUUGAAUCUGGAGCUGACGAUGAUGGUGAUGAAGAGGUUUACAAAGUGGGCACGGCAUUCCCGCUGUUGCAGGCGCUCCAGAGGGUGAAUGAACGUCUGCUGGAGGAGAAUCCUGCCGAGUCGCUGCUGUUCGAUGUCGUCCUGAUCACCACCGACAGGCAGCAGCAGCAGCAGAGCUCCCGCAUCAUCAGCAGCACCAGACAUUACGGUCUUGAAGUCGGCAGGUUUUGUUUCUCCAGCGAGGAGGAUUUCACAGAGAGUUUACUGACGAAUAACGUGCAGCUCUUCCUGUCGACUGACGCAAUGGAGGCUUCGCAGGCUUCACAGAAAGGUGUUGUCUCGGCGCAGCUGGACCAGCACGCGGCCUCCUGUCCGUCAGAGCAGCUCCGAGUUUUGUUCUGCGGAGACGCCGUCGUCCGGCUCAGCAGCAGCCCUGCGCCGGCGAGCCAACAGGCCCCUCAGAGUUUCUCGGCUCAGCUUGGCGAGAUGCGGCAGAGGUUCGGUUUGUUCGACAGCCCUGUCAGCGUGGUGCUGGUGACAUCACGCGGCGGCAGGGAAAGCUGCGGCACCGCCCUGCGGACGCUGCGGUCCCACGGCGUCAGCGUGGACGAGGCAUACUGCCUGGCCGGGGCGCCAAGGGGCCCCAUGCUGUCCCUGAUCCGACCUCACUUCCUGCUCAGUGUUGGCUUCAGCGACCUGAAGGAGUGAUGACAGCAUAACAUGAAAAUCUGUUACAUGACAACAACAAAAAAGUUCAAUGUCUUAAAGACAAAAUGCCAAAUCCUCAGUCAGGAGUUUGUCUGUUUCAACAUGUGAAAUAUGUUUUUCUAUUUCUGAUCAGGAUUUCUGCUGAUCUAUAAAAAUGUCUCUGUAGCACUUUUUUGGAAACUCAGUUCUUUUGUCCCAGUGAUCUGAUUUGAUCAUUGAUCCGUUGUGAUGUCAUCACCUGAGCUGAACCUGCUCUGAUCUGUGUUUAGUUUGGGAGAAUCAGCUCUGAACUCGGCGGUGGGUGGCUGCUGUGAUGUUUGAACUUGACCAGCAGGUGGCAGCUUCAGUCCGUAGGUAAAACCUGCAGAGGAUUAGGCAGAGUUACAAACAUGUACUGUACUUACACGGACAAUGCCAUUUGUAUAAAAGAGCACAGAUGCUGAAUAAAUAAUCUCUAUAUGGCAGGUGUUUUUAAGAAAGUUCCAGGGUUCCUCAAAGUCCUUAAAAUCUCUAAAGGUGCACUUUUGAAAGUUUGGGAGGUUUCAUUGUAGGUUUGAGGAGAUGUGUGGAUGGUUUAGGGUGGUUUUGGAUGUCCUCUUAUGUUUAAGACAUCAAAUGGGAUUGUGUUUUGGAUUGGUUUAGGUUUUUUCGGAAAAGAGGUUGUAAAUGUCCUUGGGGAAAUUUUAAGGGGCAUCCAAUGGGAUUCUGUUAGUCCUCCAGGAGGCACCAGGGGUCUUUGGUGGUAUCCUUCAGAGGAUACCAGCAAACCUUAAAAAGAGACCACGAGUCCUUGGGGGGGUUCAAAGUCUACAUUUAAGAAGUUUUGUAGGAGGUUCAGGCUCCAGGGAUCUGGAAAACGGGGAGGUUUGAGGUUCUUUUAGAUUACCGAGGAAGUUUUAAGGGCAUUAAUGUACGUUCUGUUGGUCCUUGAGACUCCAGGGACACACCGGGACUCGGUGUACUAAAUAUGAUUCAUUUUAUUGAAAUCUUAGAUGUCCUGAGAGUUUGAACGGCUUCAAAGAGGAUUCUGUUAAUGAGGAUCCCGGUUAUUGUAGAAGGGUAAUUGAGAGGGUGACAGUGGUCUUUGGAAAAAGAACCAGUGAUCCUUGAUGAUAUUCCACUGUUGACCUGGAUGUGAAAAAGUCCUUGAGGCUCUUUUUUCCUUGAGCCUGACCUUCCAUGGUCCUUGCUGCAGGAGUCCUUGAAUCUGUCUAUUUACUAAUCUGUCUAUAACACUGUGUUCUUCCAAUGUAGCAGAUUUUUCAAUGCUCCUAAGGCCUUUAAUUAUUCUAUGUAUGUAUAUAUGAACGUGUAUGUAUGUAUGGAAUCCUAGAGGAGGUCCAAUGGUCCUCAAGAGGUUUAGGUCCUUGAAGAUAUUCCAGCGCUCCUUGGGGACAUUUCAUGAAUAAUAAACAUACUGUAAUCAAAGCACCAAGCUGA